GAAUGAGAAAUUAGAAGCCGAUAGUAACACACCUCUCUCUAUUCAGGUUCACUCACUUUGAUACUGGUUAUAUUCACCACACGUUCCCCUCUCUCCCGGGAACAUCGGAGAACACUGCAAUCGAGCAUCUCAAUUCUUGACCUGUGCAAGUUAAGGGUUGGAGGAGCUGUGAUAAUUUAAUCGCCGAUUCAGCGAAUUUUAGGUAGAGAUCCGCACUAUACAAGUGCUAAUCCAACAAUUUUACUGUUUAGUAAUCAUAUGAGAAAGUGGUAUGGUUGGUUAAAACAACUCUGUCAACGUAUGUGAUGCGAUUUCCUGCAAGCAAAGAAAGCUAAAUGAUGGCUACAACUGCAGUAAUAGGACUAAAGGCAGGUGAAAGGCUAUUAGGAUCAUCUUCUUACUACUCUGAUGUUAAUGAAAAGCUGUCAUGCAGCACUGAUCUUGGGUUCAUAUCUGUCCCAAAUAAGAACAUGAUUACUGCAAAAAAGUCAUCCAAUUAUGGCCAUGGUUUCAUAUCCAAUCGUCAUAAUCAAGACACACAUUACAUCAGAGCUCUAAAAGAACAUGUUGAUAUUACUUCUGAUCCUUCCAGUAUACACCCAUGGGUUCAGGGAUCUGAGCACUUGAAAGAGGAAGAUUCUGAUCAAGACUUUUCAGUUGACGCCUUACUCUUAUUCCAAAAAUCUUUGUUAGAAAAGCAAUGGAAUCUUUCAAACAAGGGGGCAUUGACUACAGUUAACCCAACAGAUAAAAGCAGCAGAAAGAUGUAUGUCAGUGGUUCAGGGAAAUCUGCACGUAGGCGUAGAAUAGAUGCUCAAAAGAAAACACCAAACAAAAGAUGUAUCAGAUUUGUAAUCAGUCCAGAUCUGCUCCAAAAUCGUGCAAUAGCCAAUGUUAAAGGGAUAACAAGUGAUUCUUUGCUCACUCAUGCUGAGGUGGUGGUUUUAUCUAAAAAGAUAAAAAUCGGUCAACAUUUAGAAGAUCAGAAGUCAAGAUUGAAGGAAAGAUUGGGAUGUGAACCCUCAGAGGAUCAACUUGCAGCAUCAAUGAAGAUUCCACGAGCUGAGCUACAAGUCAAACAGAUUGAAUGCAAAUUGGCAAGAGAGAAGCUGGCCAUGAGCAAUGUCCGUUUAGUAAUGUCAGUUGCUCAAAAGUAUGCAAACAUGGGAGUUGAAAUUGGUGACCUCAUUCAGGGAGGUCUGAUUGGACUACUCCGUGGGAUAGAAAAAUAUGAUUCAUCAAGGGGGUUUAAGAUUUCUACUUAUGUUUAUUGGUGGAUACGACAGGGUGUUUCCAAAGCAUUAAUCGAAAAUUCUAGGACACUAAGAUUGCCCAUCCAUAUGCAUGAAAGAUUGAGUGCAAUACGAAAUGCUAAGGCUAAGCUUGAGGAAAAAGGAAUAACACCAUCAAUAGAAAAAAUUGCAGAAACCCUGAAAAUGUCAACAAAGAAAGUAUUGAAUGCCACUGAGGCAAAAUGCAAAGUGUUCUCACUUGAUAGGCCAGCAUUCCCUUCUAUAAAUGGUAAUCCAGGGGAUACCUUCCAGAGUUACAUGGCAGAUGACCACCCAGGGAACGACCCUUGGCAUGGAGUAGAUCAUGGCGCUCUCAAGGAUGAAGUGAACAAGUUGAUGACCACAACUCUAAGGGAAAGGGAGAGAGAGAUCAUUCGUUUGUACUAUGGUCUCGAUAACGAGUUCCUUACUUGGGAAGAUAUUAGUAGAAGGAUGGGGUUGUCGAGAGAAAGAGUUAGGCAGGUGGGGCUUGUUGCACUAGAGAAACUAAAACAUGCUGCACGGAAGACAAAUCUGGAGGCUAUGCUAGUGGAACACUGAAAAAACCUCUAUCAAUUGCCUGUAUAUACAAAUCAUGAACCAUAGAUACAUAUAUACAUAUACAUAUAAUAUAUACGGUGUAUGUAAUAGUGUAAAUCCUUCAUAUUUUACGAUAAUACUUCUAUACCGUGUGAAAAUGAUGAUUUUUUUUUUUUUUAGUGAAACUGUAUUUAAAUUUA